CCGUUUAAUGAACUACGAGAAACUGAUGUCACGCUAUCGCGAUACUGAGAAUCAACAUGGCUUGCUUCCAUAGAUUUCGCUGGCCAUUUUAGUAAAUAGAAAAAUUCUAAAUCCUGCAAAUUUGAGUUGUCCACUCAAAUUCCAAAUGACUCGGCUACUACAGCAAGCACUGUAGCUACAUGCAGACGUUGCUCUUACAGGUUUAAGACAUCUCUGUUAACAAGCUAGCUAGAUAACGUUAGCUGACCCUCACAUCCAGAGCUAACCUUGUUUAGCCAUCCUACGUUAGCUUGAUUCGCCUGGUUGCAGUCUUUCACAGUGCUUGUUUUGUGGUUAGUGUCAUCUUUUAUUAUCAGCAUGUAGGCUGGAUGUUAGUGGUCUAAGUUAGCUGUCUAACGAGAAGAGAUUCUGGACGGGUGUUGGCUACUUGGCUAUGUAGCUAACGUUGGCUAGUGGGUUAUGCUUCAGACUGGCUCAGAACGAGAUUAUCGUGGCGGAGAAGAGACAGACGCAGGUUGACUCCCACAUCACUAGCAGGGGGUAAGGGACACCACUGUCGCCACGAUGCUGGACUCUGUGAGGAAUGCUUUCCACGCCCAGCUAGCCACCGUCAUGGACUCUCUUCUGGCGGCGGCGGUGUGUGAGAUCGCCAAGAUCUUCGACAGCAGUCUGUGUGAGCAGCAGGAAGAGCUGAUGCAGAGAGGAGAGGAGAUCACAGCCCUGAGGGGGAGGCUGGAGCGGGCAGAGAGGAGGCUGAAGAAGGAAGGAGAUGGAGAAGAUGGCCUACUGGAUGUGAUAGAAGGACCAGCAAGGGAAAUAGGAGGAGAUGACAGCCCAAGGCAGCAGUCUGAACCUAGACCUGGUUCAAGCUGGGAGUCGGAUGCCGCCUCUGAGACCCCCCCACCGGUCCAAGACAGGGGGUGUAAGGAGCCACCCAGGAUGAAAAAGGAGGAGACAGAGCUGGAGGGGACUUCCGUCAAAGAAGAGCUUAAACAUUGCCCUCUUCCACACUUUGGGGAGUCCCACCCUGCCCCUGUGGAGGGGAAGGGACAAGGGCCAGGGGGGAGCUCUGCUGCUGGGAGCCAGAGGCUGGGAGACCCCCUGUCUGACACACCAGGGACCAAGGCAAAGUUAUCCCAUUGGGAGGGAGACCAUAGACCUCUUCAAAGCCAGAGCUCCACUUCCUUCUUUCAAGAACCCCGGGUUGGACAUUUUUCCCCCAGACCUGACCACAGGUCUCCUGGGCUUGACCCCUGGGCGAGUGGGGUUCCUCUAGACCUUCAGGAUCCUAGCUUCCUGGACCAGAGCCCAGACCAGAGCCCAGACCAGGUUCUAGAGCAGAGAGAGCCCCGACAGUCACAGGACCAAACCAACCAAUCCCAGAGAGGCCUGAGACCAAGAGACGACAGAGGGAGGGGCCUAGUUCAUCAGAACCGCUGGUCAUUGGCUUCCAAGGACCCAAUCAGACCACACCCCAACACACACACACACGCUCACAAACAUGCACACGGUCACGCACACACACUUAGCGGGGCAAGACCCUACACCUGCCCGUACUGCGGUAAGAGCUUCAGCUACCCAUCCCACCAGCGCAGGCACCUGCUGCGCCACACAGGUGUGCGGAUGUACCCCUGCUUGGUAUGCGACAAGAGCUUCCUGACUCCAUCGGAGCUCACAGUGCACACCCGCGUCCACACAGGGGAGAGGCCGUUUGGCUGCACCCAGUGUGGGAAGCGUUUUGCCCGCAGCGGGAAUCUCCGGGCUCACCAGAGAGAUGUCCACCUGGGGAAGAGACCCUUCGUCUGCCAGGAGUGUGGCAAGCGGUUUGCCCACAGGGGCAACCUGAGGGUGCACCACCAGAGGGUACACCCGGGCCUGCCAUACCAUGAGGAUGAGUAUGACCAGGAUGGCAUCGCUCUCCCCUCUACUGGGUAAAGGGUCAGGAUUACAGGGUCAAAUUCAGCAGGAGUUAAUGGGAGAAUAUAUUUUAAGAUGGAAAAUGAGUGUUCCUAUUUGGCGUUUUGGUCUUACGUGAAUUAAGCCUGCCCUGGAACUCUCUUUGCAUUUUGAACGAAUGUGCCGUAGGAAUGACUUUACACGUCGAGAGACGAUGUUGAAGAGACAGGAAAUUGAGAGGCAGAGAAAGAAAAGCAGCACUCCCUACAAAGAGGAAGAGGGGCUAUUUCUAAGUGUUACAUCAUUUCAAUGGAUGGCUUACCGGAGGUUGUUUUUAUACUGAGAGAAACGGUGCUUCGUUUUCCUUUUACCCUUUAGUUACUGUACAUGGUUGUGUAUGUUAGCAACAGUGAUACAAGUACACGCUUAUUAUGUAUCAUAUGAUAGCACACAUAACGUUCCCUAUUUUGUCUCAAUGUUGUUCAUCCUCUGUGUACUGUUCAUAUAAAGUAAUUAACCAUACUAAAACAAGGUGUAUUUAUGGUCAAUCUUAAAAUGAUGAUACAGUAUCUUAUUUCUGAGUAUGCUUUCUUUGGUCCUUUAAGGUCAGGAUAUUUGUCAAAGGGAGAGAGGAAAAGCAGGAAGAAGAUAUAGUAUUGUUUUCUGGGUACGUGCAGUACCAUUGAUUGCCACCAGAGAGCAUUCUUACUGCUGUAUUCUCCAUUGUAAAUGCAUAGAAAUCUAAUCAAAAUGUAUUUGUCACAUGCGCUGAAUACAACAGACCUUACCAUGAAAUGCUUACUUACGAGCCCCCAACAAUGUGUUUUAAAAAAGUAAGUAAGAACCAUUUGCUCAACUAAAGAAAAAAUUGUAAUAAUAAAAUAACAAUAACAAGGCUGUAUACAAGUUGUACUGGUACUGAGUCAAUGUGCAGGGGUACUGGUUAGUCAAGGCAAUAUGUCAUAUGUAUGUAGGUAUGGGUAAAGUGACUAUAUGCAAAUACUGAUCAGAGCGUAGCAGCAGCGUGUGUGAAUGUACAGUAAAAUUCAAAAGUUUGGACACACCUUUUCAUUCCAGGGUUUUUCUUU